AUGUCAAAUUCAGAGCAAUCAAAAAAUGAAAAUUGGUGCAUUUACAAUGACCUUAAGCCAAAUAAAGUAUUCGAAUACCCAGAUCAAGUAUCAAAAAUUAUUUGGGGCCUCAAUUCCAAUAAUAUUAUACAAAUAUCUUCACAAAUUAUCGAAUUUAUAACAAUACACAAAAUAAAUAUCCAAAUGGCACUUUAUCUGAUUGAUGUAUUUUCACAAAUUCGUGUUAAAGAAAUUAAAUUAUUUUCUGAACUUUAUCAAAAGAUAUCAAACGAAUUUUCAUGCAUCAUCCAUCCGAAAAAUGAGAAAUUAGCGACGCUUCUACAUUAUCAGGGUUUCAAAUUUGAAAACUUCGAACCUGAAAUAGAAGAAGAAAUAAUUCUGAAUUUAUAUUCAACAAAAUCUCCUUUAUACUAUAUUGCAUGGGAUAAAGUUGAUGAUCUUAAAUAUAAAUUCCCAAAUCUUGAUAUUAAUGCGCAAUUAUAUAGUAAAAUCACUCCACUUGAUUGUUCAAUUAAACAUGGAUCAGAAUUAUGUUUCAAAUACUUGAAAAAUUUAGGAGCUAAAUACACAGAUAACUCCGAAAAAUACGCUGUUCAAGGCGGAAAUAAUAACAUUUUUAUGCAAAUGAUAGAAGAUGGUAAAACAUUUGAUAAAAUGAUUGAUACAGCAUUGAAUUAUCAUCACUAUGAAUUUGUUGAGUAUCUUAAAUCAAAUUUAGGACAAACUUUUGAUUCAAUAGCAGAAUGUAUGCAUUUCGGAAAUUAUGAAAUUGCAUCUUAUUUACUUUCUAAUGGAGAAGAUAUCAACAAAAUUUAUAAUCUCUUUCUUUCCAUAUUUAUCAUUGUUUUAUUACAUUAUCUUCCUUUUCAUAUUUAA